CACCCACAAAAAUAUAAACUUGAAAUUCAAGUCUCUCUCUCUCUCUCUCUCUCUCUCUCUCUCUGUAUGUCUGUGACCUCCAUUCCCACUAUCAAAUUAAGAAACAAAAUAAAUAAAAAUACAAAGAGAGAAAGAGAUAGAAAUAGAGUAAAAGCGAUAUGUAAUUUUUAAGAAAAACCAACGCCAGAUUCUCAAUAUUUGUUUCUUUUUUAUUUUCUUUUCUCUUCUUUUAUUGUUUCUUUUCUUUCUGGUAAGUGGUGAGGUGGAAGCAUUCCCCUUUGGGUACACCGUCCCUCUCCUUCUCUCUCUCUCUCUCUCUCUCUCUCUCUUCACUUCUCCUUCCUAAAUUCUCUAUAACCUCAAUUUCUUACCAAUCUCUCUGCGACAAACCACUCCUCCAUUCUUCUUUCUCUUCUCUGGAACUGAACCAUAUUCCAAUAUGGCAGACAGAGUCUACCCAUCUUCCAAACCCACCGCCAAUGGCGCCGCUAACCCAGCGCCCAACACCACCACUGCUAACGGCGUCAACCCAACCUCUGCUGCCCCAACUAAACCUCCGCUGCGCCAGCCCUACCGCCCACAAGCCCAGUACCACCACCGCCGACACCGCCGCAGCAAUAGGAAUCUCUGCUGUUGCUGCUGCUUCUGGUCCAUUCUCAUAAUUUUGGGCAUCGCCCUCCUAGCCGCAAUUGCUGGAGCAGCCGUCUACGUUCUCUACCGUCCCCACCGUCCCGAAUUCACCGUCACCUCGCUCCGCAUUGCGAAGCUGAACCUCACGACCUCCUCCGACGCUUCGACCUCCCACCUCAACUCACUCUUCCACCUGGCCAUCACUUCCAAGAACCCCAACAGCCACUUCACAUUCUUCUACAACGACUUCGCGGUGACCUGCUCAACCAGCGAUGACGUCCAGAUUGCCAACGGGUCGAUCCCAGCUUUCUUCAGCGACAAGAAGAACGAAACGGCAUUCAGGGUUGCGAUGUUGGCGUCGCAGGGUCUGGACGUGGAUUCGGUGAAUUCGUUGAGAUCGGAUCUGAAGAAGAAGAGUGGAAUCCCGUUGAAGAUUGAGCUGUACACGAAGGUGAAAGUGAAGAUGGGAGGGCUGAACAGCAAGAAAGUUGGGAUUAGAGUUACUUGCGAUGGAAUCAAAGGGACUCCACCUAAAGGUAAGUCACCGUCGGUGGCUUCUGUUUCUGACUCCAAAUGUAAGGUUGAUCUUCGGAUCAAGAUCUGGAAAUGGACCUUUUAAUCACUUUUUCUUCU